AGACGUUAACAUAACUCCAAAGUAGGUCGAUGUUUUCGGUGGCCGUUAAUUUUUUUAUUUGUUCGAGUUAAUGCAAAACAGCAAAUAAUUGCACGAGGAAGCGUAAUAUUAAAUACUAAGGAUUAUUAUUAAAGCAAACAAAAACAAAGAUUAUGGAUUUAUCUAUGUAUGGCGAAAAUUUGAAUUUCAGCAGUUCUGAUGAAAUAAGCUCUGAUGAAGAAAGCGGAAAUAUAAAAGAAGUCUAUGAACAAAGUUUGAGUAUCAUUGAAAAUAAUUGUUUACCUACACGUGAUAUUGUUUAUGAAGGAAAAAAAAAAUUAAUUUAUCAUUGUAAUUCGCAUGAAGAAGCAUUAAACUGUGUGAAAAAAUAUGAGUUAGCAACUACAACAAGAUUUGUUGUCUAUAGUGUAACCAAGGACUUUGGAAUAACAGACUUCAACCAUACACUAAUCCUAAUUCUUCAUUGAAAUCUAAAAAAACAGCAAAAUCACGAAAAUCUGUCAGAGUAAACGAAAUAAAAAAGUAUAUCAGACAAUGCAAUAGAAUAAGCAAUUAAAAAAAACUGCCAAAAAAAAACGGUUAUUUUCAUAGCCACAUAUAUUUAAAAACAUUAUUCUAUCUGAACAUUAUGUGUUUGUUACAGAGUAACUGAAGCAUGUUGAGUUUUUUAUGUAAAUAAUUUUUUUAUUAUAAUGCAAAUCUACAUGAUACUCUUCUAAAUGUGAAGAUACCUAA